UCAUGCUGUACCUCCUUGGAAUUGUUGUACGAUUGUGGGUCCCUUGAUUCAAAUACGGAACAAACAAGGGUAUCGCUCCCCAAACUGGAAGAAACGAGGGUGAGGAAAGCAGAAAAGCUGAGAUGCAUGGUGAAGGGCGACUUCAAAAUGAUUUUGGGUUUUCCUAGUCUAAAGAAAGUAGUUUUUAGUGGUUGCUCCGAGCUAAGAUAUCUCUUCCCCUAUUUUACGGCCACAACCCUGAGGAAAUUGGAGAUACUGGAAAUUAUGUAUUGCGAACAUAAGAAGGAAGUGGUUCCCAAAGAAGAAGGUGGUCGAUCAAAGGCAGAUGUGAUGAGUUUCCCUUCCUCAACACGUGUAUCUAUUAUCUGGUGCAGUGAUUUUCGAACGUUCAGCCCGAGUCCUACAAAUGUCGAGAGGAAAUUAGGCAAGACGGCCCAAGAAAAUGAUGAAUCGCCACAACCGGUGUUCAAUGAGAUGGUUACACUUCCCAAUGUAAGAAGUCUACAAAUUAUGGGUGCUCAGUGCAAAGAGCUAUGGAAUAAUCAAAUUACCGUGAUUCCUUUUGCAAAUUGGAAUUUCUUCGAGUAAAGAACUGCGACAA